GGUAACGUUGGCACUGUAACGAACAUGUCGGCUUAUCGGAAGGUAAAAGUGGCCGUCCGUGUGAGACCAACGUCUAAAUUUGCGUCCGAUGCGAUUGUGCUGGAUAGAGAUGGACAGACAAUAUCGGUUAGACAUUCUGAAAUUGGAGACAGAGGAUAUGUCAAUCACCAAGUUCAAGGUGUUUCUUUGAAAGCAGACUGUGUAUUGCACAAUGCAAGCCAAGAACUUGUGUACAAUAAAUGUGCUGAUGAAAUUGUCAAUCAGGCAAUGGAGGGAUUCAAUGGUACAAUACUGGCGUAUGGACAAACGGGUGCUGGAAAAACAUUUACAAUGACUGGGACAACAGAAAACUUUAGACACAGAGGAAUUAUUCCUCGAGCUCUGGCACAAGUUUUUAGGGAAAUUGAAGAGCGACCAGAUCAAUCUAUAAUCAUCAGAGUGUCGUAUCUGGAGAUUUACAACGAAGCGAUGUUUGACCUUCUCUCGACGUUGCCUGAUUCGGACGCGUCACUGCCGCCAAACAGUCUGACAGUUGCAGAGAGCGAAGGAGGUGCGACGAUGGUUAAAGGUCUUACCGUCAGGUUGGCUCACAAUGAGGAGGAGGCACUGAACUUGCUGUUUGAGGGAGAGACUAAUCGAGCAAUAGCUACUCACUCAUUGAACAAGAAUUCAUCUCGUUCUCAUUGUAUUUUCACCGUCUACAUUGAGGCAAGAUCAAGAACACAAACGUCAGCACAGUACACGGUUUCCAAAUUGAAUCUGGUUGACUUGGCAGGCUCGGAACGUCUCAAGAAAACUAAUUCUGAAGGUGCAACACAGCGUGAGGCAAUGUAUAUCAACAAGUCACUGUCAUUUCUUGAACAAGUUGUUGUUGCAUUGGGAGAAAGAAAUAGAGAUCACAUCCCUUACAGACAAAGCAAGCUAACACAUGUCCUCAAAGACUCUAUAGGAGCAAACUGUAACACACUGAUGAUUGCUAAUGUGUGGGGAGAACCAGAGCAAACUGAAGAAACGAUGUCAACACUGAGGUUUGCGCAACGAAUGAUGUUAGUGAAGAAUGCAUUAGUGAAGAACAUCCAACAAGAUCCUACUUUGCUUAUCCAGCAGCACGAGAGAGAAAUUAAAAUGUUGAAGCAAGAACUGGCAAUGCAUGACACUCUGUCAAGUCGUGGGCAUAUCAGUUAUGAACCACUCACAGACGUUGAACGCUACGAAAUCCAUCAGCAAGUGAGGCAUUAUCUUGAAGGUUCUUUGACAGAGAUUCCGGUUGUCAACCUUCGUCAAAUUCAGGAGACAUUUGCGCAGUUCAAAUCAGUUGUCAGUUCUUUGGAAAGUGAAGUUGAAGCUCGUGUGACACAGCGAACUACUGUGAGUGGUGCUGAGUCAAUAUCUGGGUCUGGAAUCGCACCAAAGUCUGCAGGAAGUAGCAGUGAACAAGCUGGGUUUGUUGGUGACAUCGACGGUCAAGGAUUUGGAGUUGGAGUGGCUCCAAGUAGCGCUAAGGCUGUUCCUGGAUCUGUGAUUGCUGCAAGGAAACUGAAAGGUAGAAAGAGCAAGGACAAUCAAAUGAUAGCUAAGACAGGAUCUCCACCUCUUGAUGGUGGUGUUGCCAACCAGAUGCCUAUUGAUGCAAUUUUGGAAGAGAAAACUGGAGAACAAUCUCAAACUGCAGGAGAUCUUAACAAGCCGUCUACUCCUCCACCCAGAAGUGAGGCAUUUGAGGAAUUUAAGCGUGAGCGUGGCAGUGAAAUCACUCACAUUCUGACUGAAAACAAGUCAGCGCUAAACGAGAAACAGAAAACAUCUCGUGAUUAUGCUAGCUCAGUUAACGCUAUAAAGAGACAAAUAGAUGAGACGAGGCAUUUUAUUGAGCAACAGAAACAAGAAAGAAUGGAAGACGGAUUGGUAGGAGAGGCUGGAGAAGCAGUCAUUACAGAAGAAGAGUUUACCAGUUUGUCUAAACUGAGAGAACUAAAGGCUCGUUACAAAGAAGAAUAUGAAGAAUUACGUGUUGUCAAGUCGGAGGUGCAGUACUGUCAACAUCUGGUUGAUCAGUGCAGACAGAAAUUGCUAGUUGAAUUCGACAAAUGGUACGCUGACUGCUACUUAAUUCCUGAACAACAAACCACAGUGCUGACAAGGUCACAACAUCUGAGCCAAGUUUCACUUGAUUCUAUUAUUCCUGAAGAUGAAGCAGACAAGUUUGAUCGUCUUCAAACGCAACAAGCUUUGGAAAAUCCAGAGGCUGCUGCUUUUUACAAUGCGAAGAUACGUACAGAACGACGUGCAUUUGCAAACAUGAGUUAUGUACAGAAGAAAAGGCCUGGUGCGGUUACACACACCGUGCGCAACAAACCACCAUCCACACUAGCUGUGGGUUAAGAGCUUGAAAGGUAAAAGAAAUGAGAGAAAACAUUUAUGAAAUUUACAGGAUAAACUCAAACUGCAGGUGACAGAUUAAUGUUUGUUUUUGUGUGUGUUUAUGAUAUACAAAUACGACCAUAAGCUCAUUUUAUGUAUGUUGUAUUCUUAUUGUAUAGUUUGAGGGUUAGCUAUUAUUUUGUUGUCAGUUUUAGAAUAAUUGCUGUCUAAUCUGGAUGGUCAAUUAGUAAGCAAUUAGAGACACUAUAUAUGCGUGCUGUCACAUUUUUGCUGCGUUUGCUGUCUCAAACUGAUGGCUGAAGUUGAAGUUUGGCAAUCGGCUUUUGUCAGUAUAGAAAGAAUGCCUGUGCUUGAGUUUUAUGUUGAGGAUCAUAGCAAGAGCUAAGAACAGCAGAGUUGUGGCUGCUAUAGCAUACUGUAUGCCCGGUCUUUGAUAAAAGAGUGGCGAUUUACUGUCAGUGCUUGGCAGAAUCUCAAUCAUCUGACUGCCUCCAGUUGCCAAUGUUGACCCAUUAUCUAUAGCUAUCACGUAGAAACUCCCGGUGUUAUUUUGUGGUGACCACAGAUUGGUGGCUGGACGACCUAUAAAUGUUGCAAACUAUUGACAAAAGGAAAGAAAGCAGAAAAAAGACAAGAGAAAAUCUCACGAUCAGCUACAGCAUUGAAGGUUCCAAUAUGCUCCACAUAGAAUCCGUAUUCUGCAGUCACCAGAAACAUGGAUACCUAUACAUGCAUGGAAGUUUAGUUUGAUAUUC